CACUCUCAGUCGGCGUGUGGCUCUGUGACGGUGCGCAUGAGUAAAAAAAAAAUGAAUCUUCUGCCGUUUCUGUUGCUCUUGACUCUGGCCUUUGCCAGCGUUUCGCCCUUUCCCAUGUUGUACAAGCGCAAUCCCGAUGAGAAGUACGAGGCAGAUCUAGUGCCCGUCUCCUCCACUGUCAUCCCACUGACAGUGCUCGAGGUGAGCUACGGAGCAGGCGGCAAGCCCAGCGAGGCCUACAAGGCGGCCUACCUCCGCAAGCUGCGCAAACAGGUGCUCCAGCGGUCCGACAAGGGCGAGAGGGAGCUGGAUGAGGAAGCUCCCACUGUCCUCGGCCUAGCCGUGGACCCCCUAGCCACCGAUCUAGCCGGACCCGCUCCAGCUCUGAUCACAGUCAAGUCUCAGCAGCUGGAGGCGGCGAGCAGGGCCAAAGUCAAGGCCGUCUGAGCAAUGAAGGUGGACCGGACCGGACUGAAGUGGACUAGACUGGAGCAGCUGCAUGGCCGCGGAUUGCGGAUUGC